GAGGAGGAGGAGGAGUCUCAGAUUGACUUUCACAUCCAUUCAGCCUUUUCUGCAGCAGCACUGAACUUGCAGAAAGAGAGAGAGGGAGAGGGGGAGAGGGAGAGAGAAAGGCAGAGUGGACAGUGUUGUGCAGAAGCAGCUCAGUGCUAUUAUCGCUGAGGCUGCCUUAGCUCACUCCGGGCUUUUGUGAAAUGUACAUCCAACGUGAAUUGUUUCCCGAUUCACUGAAGAGCGCUGGCUAAGAGGAGUGGUUAGGGACGGAGAUAUCGUUAUGCACUUCUAGAUCGACGUCGUCUUGAACGCAGCGCGAGCAACGUCGCCUCGAGUGCGUUUUAAUCUCCGAAGUUGUGUCGAGCGGGCGAUGAUUCGCAUCUGAUUGUUGCUCAACUAUCUGGAGAGGACCGCAGGACCGGUGCCAAAACGCUGCAUUGUGGCAACUGAGACACCGAUUCCUCCCCGAGGGUUGCACAAUCCGUUCUCCCCCAAAAUGUCAUCUCAGGCGAAAGUCAAGAAGGACAAAGAGAUUAUUGCCGAAUAUGAGACCCAAGUGAAAGAGAUCCGUAACCAGCUGGUGGAGCAGUUCCGUUGUCUGGAGCAGCAGUCCGAGUCCCGGCUCCAGCUGCUGCAAGACCUGCAGGAGUUCUUCCGUCGGAAAGCAGAGCUCCAGCUCGAGUACUCCAGAGGCCUGGACAAACUGGCCGAGCGCUACUCUGCCAAGAUCCGUACCUCCAGAGAGCACCAGCACUUCAAAAAGGACCAAAAUCUGCUGUCCACUGUGAACUGCUGGUAUUUGGUCUUGGACCAGACUAGGCGGGAGAGCAGAGACCACGCCACCCUCAGCGACAUCUACAACAACAACGUCAUUGUCCGCCUGGCGCACGUGGGCGAGGAUGUCAUCAGACUUUUCAAAAAGAGCAAAGACAUCGGGGUGCAGAUGCAUGAGGAGUUAGUGAAAGUCACCAAUGAGCUCUACACUGUGAUGAAGACGUACCACAUGUACCACACUGAGAGCCUCAGUGCUGAGAGCAAGCUGAAGGAUGCAGAAAAACAGGAGGAGAAGCACAUCGGAAAGGCCAACGACAUAAGUGCCGGCCUGCUGCGUUAUGGUCACGACGAGCGUCCGCAGCGACGAAGCUCUGUCAAGAAGAUGGAGAAAAUGAAGGAGAAGAGACAAGCCAAGUACUCUGAAAACAAGCUGAAAUGCACAAAGGCCCGCAACGAUUAUCUUCUUAAUCUGGCAGCCACCAACGCCCUGGUGGCCAAAUACUACAUCCACGAUGUCUCAGAUAUGAUAGAUUGUUGUGACUUAGGGUACCAUGCAAGCCUGGCACGCACCAUGAGAACCUACCUGUCUGCAGAGUACAGUCUGGAGACUUCUCGCCAUGAGGGUUUGGACUUACUGGAGGGAGCGGUUGAUGCCAUGGACAUCAGAGGGGACAAACUGAAAUUUAUGGACACACACUGCCAGAUCUUCUGUCCUCCAGCACGCUUUGACUAUCAGCCGCACAUGGGCGACGAGGUGUGUCAGGUGAGCGCACAGCAGCCUGUCCAGACAGAGCUCUUGAUGCGCUACCACCAGCUGCAGUCUCGCCUGGCUACGCUGAAGAUAGAAAAUGAAGAGGUGAGGAAGACUCUUGACGCCACCAUGCAGACCCUUCAGGACAUGCUCACUGUGGAAGACUUUGAUGUUUCAGAAGCCUUCCAGCACAGCCAAUCCACAGAGUCAGUCAAAUCGGCUUCCUCCGACUCCUACAUGAGCAAGGCGAACAUCGCCAAGAGACGAGCCAAUCAGCAAGAGACUGAGGGCUUCUACUUCACUAAAUACAAGGAGUACUUGAAUGGCAGCAAUCUCAUUGUCAAACUGCAGGCGAAGCAUGACCUUCUGAAGCAGACGCUAGGAGAGGGGGAGAGGGCUGAAUAUGGAACAACAAGGCCCCCUACUCUUCCCCCUAAACCUCAGAGAUUGCGGAAGUCUAGACCUCGCUCCAUUUUUAACCGUAAGCUGUUUAACGGCAAUAUGGAGGCCUUCAUUCAGGACUCAGGGCAGCCUAUACCAGUGGUGGUUGAGAGCUGCAUUCGAUACAUCAAUCUGUACGGUCUCCAACAGCAAGGUAUAUUUCGAGUGCCAGGCUCCCAGGUCGAAGUCAACGAUAUUAAAAAUGCAUUUGAAAGAGGAGAGGAUCCACUGGUGGAUGAUCAGACUGAUCAUGACAUAAACUCUGUGGCAGGUGUUCUUAAGCUCUACUUCAGGGGGCUGGAAAACCCGCUGUUCCCUAAAGAGCGUUUCCUCGACCUCAUAUCUACUACCAAGCUUGACCCAGGUGGAGAAAGAGCUCAUCACCUUCAGCAGAUAAUUGUGACUCUCCAGCGGCCUGUGAUCAUCGUCAUGAGAUAUCUGUUUGCGUUUCUAAAUCAUCUUUCCCAGUACAGUGAUGAGAACAUGAUGGAUCCCUACAACCUGGCUAUUUGCUUUGGUCCCACAUUGAUGCCCAUACCAGAUGACCAGGACCCUGUGGCCUGCCAGGCGCAUGUGAAUGAGGUCAUUAAGACCAUUAUCAUUCACCAUGAGGUCAUCUUCCCAACCCAACGAGAGUUGGAGGGACCUGUUUAUGAAAAGUGCAUGGCUGGAGGGGAAGAGUACUGUGAAAGCCCCCACAGUGAGCCAGGAGCUCUUGAUGAGGUAGACAACGGCACCGGCCCUAACACUAGUGAUGAAGAGUUGGAGCAGAUCGAGGCCAUAGCAAAGUUUGACUAUGUGGGCCGGAGUCCUAGAGAGCUUUCCUUCAAGAAGGGAGCAUCUCUGUUACUCUACCUGCGAGCCUCUGAGGACUGGUGGGAGGGCCGACAUAACGGAGUGGAUGGGCUGAUCCCGCAUCAGUAUAUUGUGGUGCAAGACAUGGAUGAUGCAUUCACAGACGGCAUUCACAGGACUGAUAGUGAGGCCAGCAGUGGACCGCACCACGAUGACAGAGCCUCAUCCCGAAAUGAACACCAGUCUCCUUGUGAACACACACCUGAGCAUCGCUUUGGAGCAGCAUUGGGGAGAGUGAGAGUGCGAUCAGAUGGAGCGGCAGUACCGCGCCACAGGAACGGUGCUGACAGUCACAGCCCCACCAGGGCUCCAGACCAGCCCCCUAGGGUUAUGCCUCGGCCCUGCAGCCCACACAAAAUAGCUGUUAGCAGGGGCCCAACAGACAGUCCGGAGAAACGGCGUCUCACCACAUUUGGCAGCGCAGGCUGCAUCAACCACCCUGACAGGAAGGCCUUCAUCGACAGCCACUCUCAACGGUCUUCACCCAGCACUGCUCGGCACGCAAGUUUGGGAGACCACAAAGCUCUUGAAGCUGAAGCGCUUGCUGAGGAUAUAGAGAAAACAAUGAAUACAGCUCUCCAUGAGUUGCGGGAGCUGGAGCGACAGAAUGUAGCCAAACAUGCCCCUGAUGUUGUUCUGGACACUCUGGAGCCCCUCAAACACCCCAGUGGAGGCCAGGAUCCGCCUGGCAGCCCUCUCCACACCAUGGUGAUCCGGGAUCCAGACGCGGCCCAGCGACGUAGCAGCAGCAGCUCCUCCUCCGAGACCAUGACCACUUUUAAACCUGCCCUGUCAGCGCGCAGGCCAAGCGCACCUCUGAGGCCCCCGCCUGUCAGACCUGUCCGGCCCGCUCCCGUGAUCGGACAGGGGCAGGGACCGCACCGCUCCAGCAGCUCUAGUUCCUCCGGUCUUGGCAGCCCAGGCAUCACCCCGACUGACAGGGUCUUCCCCAAAGCUCCCUCCCCGUCACCAUCCACCUCCUCCUCCUCCUCAGACAAACAAGGUAACAUGUAGCUACAGUCAGUCACACGGCAAGUGGUGGAAAACACAGUGGAUACCGAGUGAUUGUGAUUACCACCACGCCCCUACACCUCUUUUUGACAGCAAAACAAACAUUGACACCUGGCCUGUAUGAUGAAUAUUACCACUAAUCUUGUAUAUCGUAGGAUGGAUACUGCUGGUUUCUGCCCACACACUGACUUUCGGUGAACAAGUUGAUGUUCUGUAUUAAAAUGACAUAUUACAGAGAAAUAGGAUUUAAAUCUAUGAGAAUUAUUUUAUAGAAUGCUACCAUGCUGAAUAGCCAUGCUGGAUAAAAAGGGAUGCACUGGAACAUAUUUCUGUUUAUUGAAAUCUGACAAUGGGACAUCUCAUUGAAAAAUUAUUAGGUUGCAAAGCUGUUGAUAGCUUGGACCUUGUGUCUGAUUUCUUUGUCCACUACGGUGGAAUACUUAAGGGAAUAUUUCACCACAUUAUGUAGCCAUCCAGUCUGUGCUGGUGGUCUAUUAUAACUAUGAUACCUUGGGCACCAUUUGUACUGACAGAGAGUGCCUGUACCACAGUGUCAAAAUAUUGGCAGACACCAUGGCUGAAUGGUGAAACCACUGUGUAAUUGCCUGAAGCUGCAGUUCCUCUAAUGGCCACUAGAUGCUGCCUCCAAGGAAAUUAUGACUAUAUUAAUGCCACUAUGAGUAGGAUAUAAAAUCUCUAUAUAUAUCUCACAUUGGCAGCCUGAAGUGGUCAUAUAAAAAAAGACAGAAACUGUCAGACAGGUGUAGCUAUUUGCAGCUCCGCCAGACAGGAAACUGAGACUGAAGAACUGAAAGUGACACAUAGCAUCAAUUUACAGUGGGAUUAACAAAUCUUUACACAGACAAAAUAGGCCAUUAGAAUAAUAGAUGCCUUAUCUAUAAAAGGUUAUAAAGUGAGAAGUUGGGCAAAAGAAUCCCCCCAAGAACAGGUUCAAGUCCUAGUCUUAGUGAGCUCACUGCAGUGUAAUUAUUUGGUUGGCAACUGAAGCACAAAUGCAACUAGCUGCUGCUCUCAGUUUUGUCAGUUUCAGCCUGGGUUGGGCCAGGUUAACUGGUGGCAGUGCAGCAGCACAAUCAACAACAACCAUCUGCUUUUCAUUGCUGCACUUCCUCAGCAGUAAAUCAGGACCCAUACAAACACACUGAGACAAUGAUGUUUGAUGAAUUCAACAUUUUUACUGCAUGUCAGUACCGGCAAGCAAUUCCAAAAUAUACUUAUUAAGGUUAAUAACCAGGGACAGGAAUCUUAACUCGGCCUAAGCUCUAUUUUUUCCUCCAUUCGUUAAUCUCAGAAUAGGUCAGUGAACAGCAGAAGUGAACCAGGUUACACAUACACAGAGAGCAUUUACAGUUAUUAUGGACAUUAUAGACAUGUCACCCCUAUAACUAAUACGUGGAAAAAAUGAUGAAAAUCAGUAAAAUGUUCUUAUAAUAUAGUCAUCUCUCUUUAUAAAAAAAAAGAUUAGCUGUGUUACCUCAACAAAUAAGCAAAACUUUGUCCUACAAUUCUAAUGCACUUAUAAAAACUACAGGGAACUGUGCUGCAUCUGUAGGUUCUGUGUUUUCAUUUUGAUGAAGUCGUACUAGAAACAUGAUAUAGCACAUCGGUAUCAUUGAAGCUUACAUAAUGUCUAGAUUGCACAUGGUCAGUUCAGGCUGUGUGGGUGUUUAGAUGAACUUGUUUACUGUUGGUGAUGUUUGUUGUCUGUCUUAUGAGGAUGAUCAAUAUAUCUUUAAAGUGUAAUAGGUACUUUGGAAUGAAUAUAUACAUACUGUUAAAGGAUACUUGUAUAAAUAACAUUGUAUGAUAGGAACAGGAUAUAUUAUCAUCUCUAGUGUGUAGAUUUUUGUAAUUCUUAUCCUUGCACAAAUAUUAACAAAACAAUAAAUAAAUGAAACCUCACAGAAA